AUUCAGUCGAUCUGGAUGGACGUCGGGUGUGAGAGCAAAGUCUUGACUGGAUCACCAGGAAGUCGUGGAUUACUGCAUCGAUUCGAACACUCCACAUUAGCCGAGAUUGCGUAACCGGGGGAAAAGUGAAAGCCACCAAGAUAGAAACAUGUUUUAUGCGGUCAUCUGGAUUUUCUGCGCCACUCUGUUCGCCAUCGUGUUUGGUGGAGUUCGGAAGCCCAAGCGAUUUCCGCCAGGACCUCGCUGGUAUCCGGUGGUGGGCAGUGCCCUUCAAGUCUCCCAGCUGCGUUGUCGGCUGGGCAUGUUCUGCAAAGUGAUCGAUGUCCUGGCCAAGCAGUAUGUGAAUCCUUAUGGCUUCUUUGGCCUCAAAAUCGGCAAGGACAAAGUUGUGAUUGCCUACACGAACGAUGCCAUUAACGAGAUGAUGACCAACGAGGACAUCGACGGCAGACCAGAUGGAAUAUUCUAUCGCCUAAGGACCUUCAACUCCCGACUGGGUGUCCUUUUGACCGAUGGGGAAAUGUGGGUGGAGCAGCGAAGAUUCAUUUUGCGGCAUUUGAAGAACUUUGGCUUCGCCAGGAGCGGUAUGAUGGACAUCGUUCACAACGAGGCCACUUGCCUGCUGCAGGACCUGAAGGAUCAGGUGCAGAAAGCUGGUGGCAAGCAGGUCAGGAUCGAGAUGCACGAUCUGACCAGUGUUUAUCUGUUGAACACUCUUUGGUGCAUGUUGAGUGGCCGGAGGUACGAUCCGGGUUCCCCGGAGAUCUCUGAGCUCCUGGAAUUGUUCUUUGAACUUUUCAAAAACAUCGACAUGGUCGGAGCACUUUUCAGCCAUUUUCCCUUCCUGCGAUUCAUUGCUCCCGACUACUCCGGGUACAAUGGUUUCGUGGAGAGUCAUCGCCACUUGUACGCCUUUAUGAGCAAGGAAAUCGAACUCCAUCGACUGACCUACAAGAACUACGAUGAGCCCAGGGAUCUAAUGGACUCGUAUCUGCGCGCCCAGGACGCGGGAAAUGAUCCCAAGGGAAUGUUCAGUGAUGAGAGUCUUCUGGCCAUUUGCUUGGACAUGUUUCUGGCCGGUUCGGAGACCACCAACAAGAGCCUGGGCUUCUGUUUCAUGCACUUGGUGCUGCAGCCGGAAAUCCAGGAGAAGGCCUACCAGGAAAUCAAGGAGGUAGUUGGCCUGGAAAGGAUCCCUGAAUGGUCGAGGGAUCGCUCCAAGAUGCCAUACUGCGAGGCCAUCACCUUAGAGGCAGUCAGGAUGUUUAUGUUGCACACUUUUGGCAUCCCCCACCGGGCUGUUUGCGACACUCGCUUGUCCGGAUACGAGAUACCCAAGGACACCAUGGUCAUAGCUUGUUUCCGGGGUAUGCUGAUCAAUCCGGUGGACUUCCCAGAGCCGGAGACCUUCAAUCCCGAGCGAUUCCUGUUCGAUGGGCAGCUGAAGCUACCGGAGGCCUUCAAUCCCUUUGGCUUUGGACGACAUCGGUGCAUGGGAGACUUGUUGGGACGCCAGAAUCUGUUCAUGUUCACCACCACAGUGCUGCAGAACUUCAAGAUGGUGGCCAUUCCCGGUCAGAUGCCAGAGGAGGAGCCCCUGGAAGGAGCCACGGCGGCAGUGAAGCCAUACGAGAUAAUGUUGGUAGCCAGAGGGGAGAAUUGAAAUAUCAAAAAAUGGAUUUUUUACAUUCUCUAAUUAAACAUUUAAUUAUCAAUAUCAUUAUAAUUAUUAUUGUUCAUUGUUGUUGUGGUUUAAGUCUACAAUGUUUCCCACUUAGUUCGGUAUCCAUUUUUCGCAAUUUUUCCAACAAAAGCACAUCUCGGCCUAAGCAAACUCAGCUCUAAUUUGAACAAACAUUUAUAAAUUUAUAAAUAAUUUAUGUGUUUUUUUUUUAAGACAUUAUACAAAAAAAACUAGCAUGGAUUAUAAUGAAAAUGGGCCUUGUCUCCUCCUGUCAUCUGGUUUGUUGUUUGUUUUUUUUUUAAAGCUAUUUGUUUAUAUGCAUAUAUGCUAUUGUUUAAUGGAAAACAAUUGGUUUGCUCCUCCUGAUCCUUGACAUCGAUCCUUGACCUUGACCUACCUACUAUAUGUAGUUGCACUUUAAAAAAUUUAAAUUUGUGUUCUGUUUUUGAUAUUCUCACUCUUGAACCGGCCGCCACUGGGCUUACAAUGAUCUAGAUGUCUAUAUAAAUAUAUGUAUAUGCAUAUGUAUGUAUGUGUUUUCUUGUGUAUAUUAUGUAAAUACAUAUUAUAUAUUUAUGUAAAAAACUCUAACAAUCAUUACACAAAAAGCAAGCCAUCUCUUAUUGCCAAAUAAAACUUUCAACUUAUCUGCACAUUUCAAGCACUUCUAUAUAUAAAUAUAUAAUGUAUA